AUGUCUAUAAAGAAGUUCUUUGAUCACCGAUAUAAUGAGACAUAUGCAAGAAUCUCUAAUAAGAAACAAUCCCUGAGGGAUGACGAAAGUGCUGAGAAAAUUAAACUCAAGAAAGUAAAACAAGGUCCAACACCUCAAGAGAUUAAUGAUGAGAAGAACAUAGACCAGAAAUAACCUCAAAAAGUCAGCCACUAUGGAUCUUUCGAAGGUCAAAGGUGCAAAGAAUGUGAAAAACUUUACUAAAGAGCAAUCAUUAGAUAAAUUAAAUUCUUACACAUUCUAUGAUCCGAAGACAGAAUACAAAUUAAAGUUCAUCAAUGAAGAAUUUAUUCGGAACUCUCAAUUGCAUACAGAGACUAUCCGGAAAAUGGUGGUUCAGAAAAUCUACAGCGUAGUUAUGAAGAACCUCGAUAAACGCUUUGAAGUUACCGAUUUCAACAAGGAAAACCUUGAACUGUGGGGAAAGAUGUUCUUAAGGAUCAAACCCAUUAGGAAAAUUGAGAAAGAACUGACAGAUAAAGUUCAAAUGGUCCUCAUGAAAGAACUUAUACACAACAAGGAGCAACUUACUAAUUUUGUAGAAAUGCCAAGAGUUGAGAAGAAGAUGAGCGUAGUCCCUCCUCGAGAGAAGCAGAAACUCCCAUUUGAUGACCUUGGACUAAAGUUAAGCAAUACAAGUUCUAAAGAAUCAGAUGUCAAGCUUCCAAAGCCUGAAAAGGUAGAUCCAGCAGCUCUACAUUUCGAGAAUAUGAAAUCUGGAAUGGAAUACAUCGACAGAAUGAUCGACAAAAUGGAACAUGAUAGCGAGACUAUCAAGCUACACAUCGAUCAUGCCAAGAAAGAGAGAAGGGAGUUAGGAGGUAUGGAAUCCUACCCUCUCGAAAGAUUACAAAAUAUGCUCCAUGAAUGGGACAACCAAGAUAUGUGAACUAAGGAUGAAAUCAUGGAUUAUGCUCAUGAGCUAUGGGUCACAGUCGGCCAAUUUGAGAAAGAGCUCAAGAAAUCCACCAAAGGGCAUGAAUUAGAAUUAGAAAAAGUAAAAUAUACCUUAAGAAGCAGAAUUGAAUGGAUCAAAUACAAAUCUCAUCUACAUAUAUCUGCUCUUGAGGAAGCACUCAGAAUGACUAAGGAAAAGAAGAACACAGAAAUUGAGAAUAUGAAAAUGGCGCUUUCAGAGUAUGAAAGCAGGCUGCUUAAUCAACAGAUCAAUGAACCAGAGCUAUCUGAGAUUCUAAAUUUUGAUCCAAACAAGAUAAAUGAUUUAGAUCAGCUCAAAAGACUUGCUUUUAAACUCCAAAAUGCUGGGAAAUCUUUGAAGAAUGAAGCUAUGCAGAUUAAACAGAAAUUUUCUGGCCAGGAACAUAAAAUUAAUACUCUUAAAGAGUCAUUGGAUAACUUAACUGAGAAGUACAGUGAUAUGACUGAGGUCAAAGAUCUAUAUGAAAAGGUUAUCAGUCACAUAAUGGCUCCUCCCAUGAAAGUAGUAGAUAUAAUAGCUUUUGGAAAAUUCAAAUAAAGUUGCAAAUAAAUCUGAUCCAAAAGAGUUAUUAGAGUUCUUCCAAAAAUCGCAAAUUAAAGACAAUCUGCUUGGCAUUAGUGAGCAAUUUAUCAGUAUGGUUGAUAGUUUAAACGAUCUCAAGAAAGCUUUCGAAGACUUAAAAGUAGUUCCAAAGAAGAAGAUAAUAGUAGAUCCUACCUCACUAAGCGUGCGAAAAAUAGAGAUUACAGAUCGGACCCAGAAUAUCUUCUGUGAAUCCUUCAUCACAAACUCCCACUGUAAGCUGUUAAACAAGGGUGAAGCAGAAGAAGUUGACAAUGUACCUAAAGACAAAAAGAGACGAGGUAAACGUGGAAAGAAAGGUCGAGGGGACGGCUCCUUUGUUCGUAACGAAAUUGAAGAGAAAAAGCAAGAAAUAAAAGAGAUCUCCAAUGACAUCACCGAUAACAUGAAAUACCUCGUAGAGAGCAAGUAUUCUUUACAACUCAAGAAAUUGCGAAAGCAACGGGCAGCCACUCUUGAGGAAGACCAACAGGAAGAUUUAAUCAAAAAUUUGAAAAUAAAAAUGGAUGGUCCCAAGAACUCUAAGAAGAAAGUUACCGUUGAUGAUGUCCUUGAAAAGAUAAAUGAAAAAGUUACAAAGAAGGUUAAGAAGAAAUCCAAGAAGGUGCAGAAGAAGGUAUCUGCACAAGAGUUAAUCAAAGCUCAAGAGAAUAUCUUCAUGGGCGAGGACAUGAACGCCAAGAUUCCUUUCCAAGAUUGUAUAGAAGUUCAGUUUGGAGAAGAAGGAAAUAUUGAAUGUUUCAAAUUAAGAAAGAAUCUAACGAGGCUGGCUAUUGAAAAGAAUCAGGAGAACGCAAUCGAGAUGAUCAAGAACUUUGAAUACUCCAUUGAUCAGCUAAAUCAAGCUCUCUCUAUAAAGAAGAAGAAGGAGUUUAAAGCCAGUACAACUCAGACUUCAACCCAAAAGCCGGUCUUGCUUGGCUUUAUGAAGCAGCUGCUCUCUGAAUUUGAAAGUUAUGAUGGUGGUGAGAAAGAAAAGAAGGAAAUUGAGAAAGAACUCCAAAGUUAUGGUGAAGAAGACCUCCUAGCAACAGAAUGUACCAGAAUUACAGACUCUGAGGACCAUCUUAUGACAUUUAAGGAACUAUUAUUUACUUUGUUUGAGUAUGCAAAACAGAAAGCGAUUUCAAUUGCUUAUAGGAAGAAUUAUGAACAUGAGGAAAUUGAGUCUCCUCAAGAAUCCAGAAAUGAAGAAACAGAGCAUAUUAAAUUUUCAGAAAGAACUGGUAAAAAUACUAAAAGAGUAAUGUAUACUGAUCCUUCGGGUAGUCUUCACAGUGAAGAUCCUGACUUACCAGCAAGAUAUCAGGAAGAAGUGAAAGGUAAAGAGAAGAAGAAAGCUAAGAUUGUUGCACAGAUCCCAAUGAUGAAAUUAUACUCUGAAAGUCCUAAAACAUCCAGCAAAAGAGAGACUACUAUCAACAUCUUCACACUUCUUGACAAGCAUGAAGGGAUAAAUGAGACUGGGUUGAUCAGAAAUGUUGAGAAUAAGAGGAAAUAUGCAUUACCAUUGAUGAAUCAAAGUAAUAAGAACCCCAGAGCUUCUAAUCAAAACUCAAGACAGUAUGUGGAUCAAGGGAUUUCUAUAAAAUCUUCUCAGAGAAACGUUCCGAUAAUUUCAUCAAAUAUGCAUAAUGUUGGAUGACAGGCAGACCAAGAAACCAGGGAUGCCUUUACAUCGACAGUAGAUGUAGACCAGUCUGAACAACUUGCGAAUAUGAUCAAGGUUGAAGCCAAAAAGACCAUCCAAUUGCUCGAACUAUUUAUGAAAAUAAACGCGAAAGAGAAGAAUGAGGACUACAAGCAAGAGUUGAAUGAGAUUCAGAGGAAGACUGAUGAAGAGCUAAAUGAUGCCUAUGAUAAGUUUUACACAUAUGCAGAAGAGACCCUUGAGUCAGAGUCUAGUGUUAUCAAGAAUAACGACAAUGCGCACGAUGAGGACUUAUUCAAAGGAAUGGAGGAUGACUAUGCCGGCACUCAAACUACAUUUGUUACCGCUAAUGGCUUUAAAGAUCGAAGAGCACCAUUUUCGAAGUAUGUUGAAAAUGCUAUGAGAAGAAACCAAUUGAACCUAUCAGCUGAAAUCCAGCCAAUCAAUUUCUCCCAAGAAAGAGUCAGUACAAGGAAAAAUUUGAAUAAUAGUGCUGAGAAUGAAGAUUUAGAAAUCAUUAAAAAGCCUAAUAGAUCACUUAAUAGAACUAAAUUGAGCAUCAAGCCAAACUUCUUCCAGAGUACAAAUCCAGGAAAGUUCUUUAGAGUCAAACUCAAGCCAUUGCAGGGUAUUAAAGAUCAGAAGAAUAAAGGAUAUAUUAAAGACCUUGCUCAAAAGAGUAAUGAGAAGGAUCAAUUCCCAUCAAAAGUAAAGAAAAAUAUUCCUGGAAGAAACCCUGAACAUUUCUACGAGUACCAGUUUGGCUUUGGACAAGGUGAUUCCAAAGAUAGCACCCAGUUAGCAUCCUUAAGCUACGAAAAGAACAGAGAUAUACCUGAAAAUAUUAGAAAUCAGGGAAAGACUGAAGAGGUAUCUAAAAUGAAUUCUCUGACUAGGAAUACUAUUGGGCCUGCAAAGGCUGAAACUACUAAGGUAAGCUAUACGUUUUACCCAUUGAACUCUAUUGAGACUACCUAAGAUCUUUGAUCACAACAUACUGAAAAAGGUUAACAAAAAUGGCAUAAUCUAUUCGCAUUCGAUCAUGAACGAUAGAAGAAAGAUGUUCAUAGAGACAGAUGAUGAGCAAGUAAAUUAUGAAGACAUCAGUAAAAACUCAAUAACCCCACUUCACAGACGUGAGACUCAAAAACCCACAGAUAAGGGAUUUCUUUAGACCCUUAAAUUCACUUAUUUCUUCCUAAAAAUCCAGUAUUCCAAAACCUGCUCCAGAAG